AAAUUGGCAAUGGUAACUAGCCUGCUAACACAACACAGCAGGCGGUGAGGACGAGCACAUCCUUGCGCAGCCAUACUCGGGUUAAUCUCUGCUGACUCGCUCCGUGGGUAAUGCUAGCUGUUUUGUGGUAGUAAAGUAUCUGUAACCCAAGUCAAGUGGUUGUAUUAGCAGUCGCCACUCAUGACUAGGAUACUCGAAGCGCCGUUUAUGCAUAUCUGGGUCGUUGGCAUGUUUUUCAGCUAGCCGCGGCAGAGCUUCGGUCUCAUACAGGGAUGUGGCGGUAGCAAAACAAGCUAACGUUAGUCCCGUCUCUGUGAAGAAGUGAGUGCAAGAAGUGAGGAAACACUUCAGCCAAGCGUGAGUUCUCGUUUUUGUUUAUGUUCAUUGUAAUUCCGGGGUGGAUGACACGAGGGCGAACCUGACAAUCCUUGAACACAGCUGAACUGAAACUGGGAAUAUCGAUAACAGAUCGAAGGGAUUAUUUUUGUGUCUAAGUGGAUUUUGGCCUCCUGUUCAGGACCGUCGUGGGAACACAGUGAGUGUUUUGACAUUGAGUGAGCCCACUCCCUCAAAAUAUCCUCUCUCUCGUUGACCUUCGCCCUCCGAUGCGGAGAUUUCAGUAGAACCGGCAACCAAAUCCCCCACGGCGGCCGGACAUGCUGAAGUGUAUCCCCCUGUGGCGCUGCAACCGCCACGUCGAGUCGGUGGACAAGCGACAUUGCAACUUGCAGACAGUCCCUGAUGAGGUAUUCCGCUAUAGUCGCAGCCUGGAAGAGCUUCUCCUUGAUGCCAACCAACUCAAAGAGCUACCAAAGCCUUUUUUCAGACUACUGAACCUACGGAAGCUCGGCCUGAGUGACAAUGAGAUCCAGAGACUCCCUCCUGAGGUGGCCAACUUCAUGCAGCUGGUGGAACUGGACAUCUCCAGAAAUGACAUUCCUGAGAUCCCCGAGAGCAUUAAAUUUUGCAGGGCAUUGGAGAUCGCAGACUUCAGUGGAAACCCCUUGUCCAGAUUGCCAGAUGGUUUCACUCAACUCCGAGCGCUGGCUCACUUGGCACUCAACGACGUGUCAUUGCAGUCGUUGCCCAACGACAUUGGAAACCUCGCCAACCUGGUGACGUUGGAGCUCAGGGAGAACCUGCUGAAGUCUCUGCCCACGUCACUCUCUUUCCUGGUAAAACUGGAACAGCUGGACCUGGGCAGCAAUGAACUGGAAGUUUUGCCGGACACCCUUGGUGCUCUCCCAAACCUGAGGGAGCUAUGGCUGGACCGUAACCAGUUGUCCUCAUUACCACCAGAGCUGGGGAACCUCCGGAGACUGGUGUGUCUGGAUGUGUCAGAAAAUCGUCUGGAGGAGCUUCCCUCAGAGCUUAAAGGCCUCCUGGCUCUCACUGACCUGCUGCUCACACAGAACCUACUGGAUGUCAUCCCAGACAGCAUAGGCUGCCUGAAACAGCUGUCCAUCUUGAAGGUGGACCAGAAUAGACUGACCCAACUGACUGAUUCAAUAGGAGAGUGUGAAAACCUCACAGAACUCGUCUUGACAGAGAACCUUUUACAGUCACUUCCUCGCUCGCUGGGCAAACUAAAGAAGCUGACCAACCUGAAUGUAGACCGCAACCGUCUGGGCAACGUGCCCAAAGAGCUGGGCGGCUGUGCCAGCCUCAACGUUCUCUCACUGAGAGACAAUCACCUAGGCAAACUUCCUGCUGAGCUUGCAGAUGCCACUGAGCUGCAUGUGCUGGAUGUUGCCGGAAACAGACUACAAAACCUGCCUUUCGCCCUGACAAACCUCAAUCUAAAGGCCAUGUGGCUCGCAGAGAACCAGUCACAGCCAAUGCUCAAGUUCCAGACAGAGGAUGAUGAGUGCACAGGAGAGAAGGUGCUGACCUGCUAUUUACUGCCCCAGCAGCCUUCUCCGAGCCUAGAAAACCUGCUGCAGAACAGUGUGGAUGACAGUUGGACAGACAGCAACCUGAACCGAGUGUCAGUCAUUCAGUUCCAGGAAGAGACCAAAGCCGAGGAGGAGGAGGAUGAUGAGGCUGCUGCAGAGCGCAGAGGCCUUCAGCGUAGAGCCACACCGCACCCUAGUGAGCUGAAGGUGAUGAAGAAGGUGAUUGAGGAGAGGAGGAAUGAAGCUUACACAUCCAGACCAGAUGGAGAAGAAGAGUCCCCCGAUCCACAGGAGAAACGGCUCAGUGACCUCUCCAAUCAGAGCCAUGACUCCCAGGUGUCCAAUAGCACACUGUCAGCCAACUCCCAUGAGUACAGACAAAAUAUGACUGCGGCCUCACAGAGAGAGGACCUUGUAGACGGCCGCUCCCCACAGGAUGAGGACGAGCUGGAUGAGAUGGAGGUGGAGUACAUUGAGCCCACUGUGCACUUUGCAGAGGAGCCCAUCAUCCGUGGUUUGGAUGAGGACGACGAGGACAACGGGGAAGAUGGUGAGAGGGGCGACGUGGAAGAGAGGCCUGCUUUUCCCGCAGAGAAGCAACGUCUGAUCAGAAAGGACACGCCACACUACAAGAAGCACUUCAAGAUCACCAAGCUGCCCAAGCCCGAGGCUGUGGCUGCGCUGCUGCAGGGCUUCAGUCCUGACGGCCUGAACUCUCCGACACAGCCUGCUGAGGAAGAGCAGGACGAGGAGGAAGAGCAAAGGAUAAGCACCCCACAGCAUCAUCACAGAUUGGAAGAGCUUGAAGACAGUCGGCUCCAGGUCAACUCCAGUCAAGUAAAGGGGGUGUCAUUUGAUCAAGUCAAUAAUCUGCUGAUUGAACCUGCUCGAAUUGAGGAGGAAGAGCACACCCUAACCAUCAUGCGACAAACUGGCGGCCUUGGUAUCAGCAUUGCUGGAGGGAAAGGAUCUACACCUUACAAGGGAGAUGAUGAGGGAAUCUUCAUCUCCAGAGUGUCUGAAGAGGGUCCUGCAGCCAGAGCAGGGGUCAAAGUGGGAGACAAACUCCUAGUGGUGAAUGGAGUGGACCUCAAUGAAGCAGAACAUCACACAGCGGUUGAAGCUCUUCGUAGCUCUGGUGCUACAGUUUCCAUGUCAGUGCUCCGGGAGCGUAUGGUGGAGCCAGAGAACGCAAUCACCACCACGCCACUGAGGCCAGAGGACGACUACUUCCCGCGGGAGAGACGGAGCAGUGGCAUCGCCUUCAACAUGGAGACGACUGCCAGCGGGCCUCAACAGCGGCUCUCCACCUGUCUGAUCCGAAACGACAAGGGGCUGGGAUUCAGCAUCGCCGGGGGCAAAGGCUCCACGCCCUACCGCACAGCAGACACAGCAAUCUACAUCUCACGCAUCGCAGAAGGGGGAGCAGCACACAGAGACAGCACACUGCAUGUAGGCGACAGGGUGAUCUCUAUCAAUGGUGUAGACAUGACAGAGGCCAGGCAUGACCAAGCAGUAGCGCUCCUUACCGGCACCUCCCCCACCAUCUCCCUCCUGGUGGAGCGAGACCUGAAUGCACCAGGGGGCUCUCCAGGUCAAUCCCGGGCACGCGCCCACUCCCCUCCACCCCCAGAACCCUCAGAUUCACCAGACCAGGAGGAGGACGGCCUUACCCUUCAUGGGAACAACCUGAGCCGGAUGGAGGAUGAGUAUCCCAUCGAGGAAGUGAUCCUGGUGAAGUCAGGUGGCCCUCUAGGCCUGAGCAUUGUGGGAGGCAGUGAUCAUGCCAGUCACCCGUUCGGCAUCAAUGAACCCGGGGUGUUCAUCUCAAAGGUGAUUCCUCACGGUCUAGCAUGUGAAAGUGGACUGCGUGUUGGGGACAGGAUAUUAGAAGUGAAUGCCAUCGACCUGCGUCACGCCACACACCAGGAAGCUGUGCGAGCGCUGCUGGCCAACAAGCAGGAGAUCCGUAUGUUGGUACGGAGGGACCCUUCACCGCCUGGGAUGCAGGAAAUUGUGAUCCAGAAGCAGCCAGGGGAGAAGCUUGGCAUCAGUAUUCGUGGAGGGGCAAAGGGUCAUGCAGGAAACCCCUUUGACCCCACAGAUGAAGGCAUCUUCAUAUCUAAGGUGAGUUCGAGCGGUGCAGCAGCAAGAGACAGGAGACUGCAGGUGGGCAUGCGUAUCCUCGAGGUGAACAACCACAGCCUGUUGGGGAUGACGCACACAGAGGCAGUGCGAGUGCUUCGAGCUGUAGGAGACUCUCUGGUCAUGCUGAUGUGUGAUGGUUUCGACCCACAAAAAGUGGCUGCUGUGGAGGCAUCUCCUGGCAUCAUUGCCAACCCAUUUGCAACAGGCAUCGUCCGUAAGAACAGUAUGGAAAGCAUCUCUUCUAUAGACCGAGACCUGAGCCCAGAGGAGAUGGAAAUCAUGCAGAAGGAGUCUGAGAUGGUGAGAGAGACGUCACAGUGGGAGCGAGAAGAGAUGGAAAAAGUGGAGCGUAUGCGCUUGGAGCGUGAGGAGGCAACUCGCCUGCUAGAAGAGGAGACUGAGAACAUGGGCACUGGACCUCUAAAACUUGACUACAAGACCCUGGCUGCUCUGCCCACCACCAGUUUGCAGAAGCUCAACAGGUUCUCUACUCCUGUAAGUCUGACUGCUCCCAUGGAGGCCCCCCUGCAGGCCCAGUACGGAGCCCCUUUAGAGCCUCUGGGCUUUGGCUUAGGCCACACCACACAACCCCUCAGCCACAUGGACCCUGAGUCAUGCCCAAGUCUGAACACAGAUCACGAUUAUCUUAAUGGAUCCCAGUUCUCCCCUAAUGAGACCUCCGCUACUGACAGUGCUGGCUCAUCAACAACCAUUAAUUCAUCAACAUUUGCACCCGAAGAAGAAGAAAGCCUGGUGGACUCUCAGCCUAUCUGCUUCAAAGAGAACCCUUUCUUGGUGGCCAAUCGCAAAGGAAAGGGUCGUCCACUUGGGGAGCAGAUCCUGUCGGGGCCUCCUGUGGGCUACGGGAAGCAAGGCCAGCUUCAGCCCUGGUUGUUCAGCAAGGCACCUCCUUCUGAUUUCACCAGGACAGAGAGCCCAAUCAGGGAAGCACCCUACUCUCCCACGAUCCAACCGCCCAGCGACCACUCUUCCAACAGCUCCCUGUAUGCAGGCAGGGAGACCCGCUUUGCAAAUGUUCAUUACACCUCCACUCCUACUGCUAAUGACAACACUUCAUCAUCAACACGACCGGGUGCCAUCCAGCCAGUCGGGCGCGUGCGGCAGAGUCCCUCCCCCGCCACUCCAGACGGACACAGUCCUAACCCCUUCCAGCAUGGCCCCUCCCCCUUCAACUCCCAGACCUCUCCUCGCGCCCCCUCCCCUACCUCGCCCGAUGAGUUCCCCAUGAAUGUCAAGCAGGCAUACAAGGCGUUUGCCGCCGUGCCUCGCUCACUGGCAGUGCUGGAGCCGCCACAGGACCUGUACGGUGUGAGGAACAAUUUCCAUCCAAAGCAACCUUCUCCAGAGCCUGAGUUGAACGAGGUGUUUGAUGAUGACAUAGAUGGUCAGGAGGGAGCUGGUAAGGGUUUGACCCCCCGGCCCUCCCUCUCACCUGACCGUCGGGAGUAUAUGAGACUGGCAGGAGUGCCUCGCCUCUCCAGGCUGUCCUGGGACCUGCAGAGUCCUUCUCCUGGUGGUAGGGACAGCCCAGAGCAGCGCUCCUUCAGGGACAGACAGAAGUAUUUUGAGAUUGACGUGAAGCAUCAGACACCAGAGAAACCCAAACCUCGAGUGUCUCUUGUUGGAGAAGAUGACCUCAAGAAAAUGAGGGAGGAAGAAGAGAGGAAGUUUGAACAGCGAGCGCGGGAGUACCUGCUGGAUGAAGACGAGGACGACGAGGAGGAAGAGGACUUGGCUAAACAGGUGGCGCAGAUGAAGGCAACUGGCAAAGUGUUGCUGGAUGGAGUGGAGUACAACGUGGAGCCUGUAUCCAGCCCAUCCCAGCACUGUGCCACACCACCAAGUUACAACGUCACGCCACCGAGCUACUGCGGCAGCUCAGGGCCUUCCUCUGUUGAUGGUAAAGGAGAGUCUCAGAGGAAUUCACUGGAGGACAGCUUCAGGCUGGAGCAGAGGCCCAACUCCAUGACUGGUCUGAUCCCAGUGUACCCCGGGGACUCGGCUGCUCCCAUCCGCACAGCCAAAGCAGAGCGCAGACAUCAAGACAGACUCCGUAUGCAGAGCCCCGAGCUGGCUGUGGCCCUCGACAAGGACCUGUCCCCUGCUGAGAAACGAGCUCUGGAGGCUGAGAAGAGAGCCAUGUGGAGGGCAGCACGGCCCUGUGGCCUAGAGGACGAUGUUAGACAGUAUGAGCAGGACCUGGCUAAGAGGCUCUACCAGGCCAGAGUGAGGGCAUCUCAGGGCGCAGCCGAGGCCCCCCAGCCCCCCACCUCUUCCUCCUCCUCUGCAGCCUCCCAGCUCAGAAUGAAGUCUCUGGAGCAGGAUGCACUGAAAGCGCAGAUGGUCAUCGCUAAGUCUCGGGAUGGGAAGAAACGUGGCACACUAGACCAGCUGACGGAGUCGCCCUCGCCCGCCCCAACACCCUCUCCCACACCUAUGGAAGAGCUCAGUCCUCGAGGAGUAACCUCUCCGGGCCGGCUGUCCCUGUCGUCAAAGAAGUUUGACUACCGACAGUUUGCUGCCAUUCCUUCUUCCAAACCCGUAUACGACAUCCAGUCCCCUGACACAGUUGAUGACCUGCAGUUCAUCGACGAUGGCUCCAGCAACCCAAGUGACUACCUGGGAUAAGCAGCUCCUAUUGUGCCUUCUGCGAGCCCUGAGGCCGAGCUACCCACCCCGCUGCCUGCCACCUCAGCCCUGGAGGAGAUGGCCCUGUACAGCAACAAGCGCAAACUGAGGCAGGGCCGCCGCAGCCUGGAAACCGCCAUGCCCACGUAACACCCCACACUAAGAGAAGAAAGCCGAAGACAUACCGCGAACACACACAUUUAGAUGCACUGUGGAACACACGAGUGCAUCCACAGCAGGUGCAGAGUCACCAAACACUACACACGGUGUCAGUAUAGUGAGAUUUACUCUCCCAUAUGUAACCACUGCAGAGACUACGACACUGAUAGUCACCACACGUACACACUCACUUAUAUCCUGCGUGCCAGUCUUGCCUAUUCACUCUGUGGAUGAGUUGGCAAGUUGCUCAAUAGUCCCUCAACGGCAAGAAAGAAAGUGUGGUUAGCUAGGAUCUCCACUUACAGACCAUUCUUUUUGUUGUACACUUGGUUUACCAAGUAGAAACUGAUCUAUUUUAAAAAGGAGGUGACCGAAGUUUUUAGUUGUUUAGUUUUUGCACCUCUAAUGAUUUUACUGUUUUAAAGAAAAAUGCAUACUGGAAGAGAAAAGAAAUGGGUCAUAGCUAUACUAACUUCUUGAAUUAUAUUGUUAGGCUUUCAUUGAAUAGAUUGUAAAAUGUCAGGGGUUUCUUGAGACUUGGGCAGACAGGAGUGUAUAUAUUAACUAAGGAGGGAACAUCCUGCUACCUUCACAAUCCCAAAUUGUGGAGAGCUUUAAAAAAAAAAAAGCUACAUAUCUUUUUUUGCACUGCCACAGAUCCGCUUUUAAACAAUGUAUAUCUUAAUUUAUUGUUUUUAGCAUUUUACUCAAAUUGAAGGCCUUCUAUUUUACACUGUUUUUAACCCCUCCGGUCAUUGUGAGCACAACGAUUCUUAUCAUGAUUUAUCUUUAAAUUUCAAAGAUAGUUAUGGGUCACUAAAUCAAAGAUUUCAACUAAUGAAUUCAUAUCAUUUAUUGUAGCUUUUUUUUUUUUUUUUUCAGAGAGAAUCAUAUCUACAAAUUAGAUAGCUUGGACAAAGUAUAGCUGUUGCACAUCAGUGUCACACCUGUGAUUGAGUGUGCUACAUUCCCCUUGUAGAGAAUAUGACUACACUGAAGGCAGCAGCAUUGAUCAGGCAGCUUUACAGAAACAGAUCACAGUAUAAAAUACUAAAGUUUGGAAACAUUCAUUUUUAGUAUCAUUAAUUAACGGUACUCACCCUACCCUGUUUAGGGUAUUAUUUUAUCAAUGUGAAUCAUUCAUUUCUAACCGUGAAUUAUCUGGGAUGUUCCAGAGUGACGUGAAGGUAGCAGGUGUUUUUAUUUUUCUGUCUAAGGUUUAUUUAAAUCUGACGCCACUGAAAAAUCAUUUAUUAUUGUGUGAAUAAUGUACAAAUACUGAAAGGAAAGCAAACUUUGGGUUUGAAACUGAGCCAGUCUUGACCUAGACCAAGCACGUGUCUGGACUGCUGACACAUCUGGAUUUGGACAGGCUUGGUAUUGGGAUGCUCUCUGCAUGUAUAUUGGUUUGUUAAUGGGAGAGCUGAGAGAGGCAGAAACAAUUAGAAAUUCCUCUCAAGACAUUGGUCUUAUUCAGUUCACUGCUUGACAUACUGUCAGUUUAUGUAUCUGAUGGGUAUUUCUGAAGAAUCACGGCUUAGUAGCAUUUGUGUUAAUUUAAUGUAGGGUCUUCUAAUGAUAACUUUCCAUGUUGCUCUCACUGACUGAAAUUCAGUUUGUUUGAUAACAUUUGCAAUGGCUGAUAUCUUCUUCUUUUUUAACUUUGUUAGGUAAAUCUUUUUUUCAGAUGGGUUUCACUACAUUAUUAAUGCAGUGUUUCAAGUUUUUGUUUAUUCUUUUGUCUUGCGUUCUCUUUGGAGGCUUUUACUUGCAACUAGGUUGGAGGGAAAGGGUCAGAAGUCCUAGGGUCAAGGGUUAGUGCUCAUACAAGACUGUAACUAGUGAAUUUGUACAACCAAAGAAGUCUAUUUUGUGGUUCAGGAAUAAUAAAUUUUACUUUUCAUUUAAGAAGCUGA